ACCACACCCCUGCCUUACCCAUUGGCGGGGUCUGUUUCCUCAACAGCCACACCUCAAUCCACAGCAAAUGCUCCGCGCCAUAACGUCCAUCCUAAGCCCACCCACGUCUCCCACAUCGCCAACCUUCCCCCGCCCGCCCAUCGAAAUCGAAAUGUCGACGCCCGUGCGCCCCGUCCUUGACAAGAAGCGGCACGUGGACUACUGGCGGCGCUGCCUGACCACGCCGCUGCCGUCCGACUACAUCCCGACGGACCUGAACCGCAUGACGCUCGGCUGCUUCAGCGUCGGCGCCAUCGACCUGCUGGGUGAGCUGCCGUUCCGCACGUCGCCUGAGGACCGCGCCUGCUGGGUCGAGUGGAUCUACCGCUGCCAGCUGCCGUCCGGCGGGUUCCGCGGCAGUCCGGCCACUGACCUCGGCCCGCUACGCACGGAGAGCAAUGCCGUCUGGGACCCCGCAAAUGUCAGCGCGAGCUUCUUUGCCGUCGCGACGCUCGUCAACCUCGGUGACAAUCUGGAAAGGGUUAAGAGGGCGGAGCUGUUGAGCUUGUUGCCUGAAAUGCAGAGGGACGAUGGAAGUUUUUGCGAGAGUAUUGUAGAUGAGCAGCAGGUCGGCGGCAGGGAUAUGCGGUUUCUUUAUAUGGCGGUUGCGCUGCGGUGGUUCUUGAGGGGGAAGGAGGGGGAGGGAUGUAGUGAUGUGGCGGAUAUCGAUGUGCAGAGGACGGUGGCAUAUAUUCAGAGGGCGCAAACGUAUGAUGGCGGGAUCUCGGAGAAGCCGUUCGGGGAGUCGCAUGCCGGGAUGACCUACUGUGCAGUUGCGGCACUGAGCCUGCUCGGACGGCUCGAUGAGUCUUCGAUACAGAUCGAUCCGCUCGUACGAUGGCUUGUGCACCGCCAGGUGCCGUUUGAGCGGAAGGACGAGAUGGAUCAAGACGACUGGCAGGACAUCCUCGACAGCGGUAGUGAGGAGGAGCAAGUGGAUGGUCGGAAGAUCGAGCUAGGGACGGACGGGAGACCGCUUUGGGGUGGGUUUCAUGGGCGGUGCAACAAGAAAGCGGAUACCUGCUACAGCUUCUGGAUUGGGGCCAGUUUGGAUAUGCUAAAGAAACUCUACUUGAUCGAUAUCAAUGCCAAUCGUAGGUUCUUGCUCGAGAAGACGAAACACAUAAUAGGCGGAUUCAUGAAAUUGCCUGAGCCUGAGGGUGUUCCGGACGUGUUGCAUUCGUUCUUGGGGUUGGCAGCAUUGGCACUUAUGAGAGAAGAAGGGGUAAAUCGUCUGGAAGCAACUCUGGCCAUCAGCCUGCAGGCGAAAGAGCGGCUCAUGGCGUUGGAUUGGUGGGCCGAGGGGCGGUUAUGAUAGGAGCAUCGUUCCUAUGAUAUCAAGUGUGGCUUUAAUAAUAGUGAUAUCCAGGUCUACAUAGUACA